AUGACGUCAGCACAGCUUGGGACUACAACAGUAUCUGAUAACGAGCAGCACUGUCUCUUCUUGGCAGUUUUCAGAAUUAAAAUGGAACUGUCUUAUCAGUCCAUGAAGUUCGCCCAUGAAGCUCGGGAGGCAGAUAAGCUGAGGACCGAGAUGAGGAAGAAGAGCAUUCUUGUUCUCAUUUACCAACAUUUGCUUGGGCAAGGGUAUGCAUCAGCUGCAGUCACUUUGGAUCAGGAGACAAAUGGAGGAGUGAGGAAAUUUGAGGUUUGUGAUAACGUCGAUCUGGAGAUGGUGCUCAUGGAGUAUGAGAAUUAUCACUAUGUCAAGUUCCAGAGGUAUCCCAAACUCAUCAGGAAAACAACAGAACCAGGUGAAAGCAGACAAGCAAAAAGUGCUGUUGUUAAAAAGGUUCCCCACUCAGCUCUGAAGCCUCUUCCCAAAAUCACCCCAUCUUCCUCCCCCCAAACUGGAAACCUAGCCAAGAAGACAACUGCCAAUUCACAUGAAAAUAGCUUCUCGGUGGCACCAGAGUCAUUGGAUUUAGGGUUCAACACAUUCUCCAUCAAACAUGGGCCCCCAGGGGAAGCUGCCUCAAGCAGGAAGAUGACUGAUGGCAGAACAAUCCAUGAUGCUUUCAAUGGAUCGGCCGUUCACUCUGACCACAUGGAGCGAUUGCUGAAGCCUCUCAGUGGCUUUUCUGGGAUUAGCGGUGAGAUGAGGGAACUUGCUGCAAUCAUCAGUGAGGACAUCUAUUUGCACAACCCAAAUGUGAGGUGGGAGGACAUCAUUGGUCUGGAGGAUGCCAAGCGAUUAGUGAAAGAGGCCGUCGUUUAUCCCAUUAAGUACCCUCAGCUGUUUACAGGCAUCUUAUCUCCAUGGAAGGGUUUGCUGCUUUAUGGUCCCCCAGGCACAGGUAAAACUAUGCUGGCCAAGGCUGUGGCGACAGAGUGUAAGACAACCUUCUUCAACAUUUCAGCCUCUAGCAUCGUCAGUAAAUGGAGAGGCGAUUCUGAAAAACUUGUCCGGGUCCUUUUUGAGCUGGCGAGGUACCACGCCCCAUCUACUAUCUUCCUGGAUGAGCUGGAGUCAGUAAUGGGCCAGAGAGGAACCAGUUCAGGGACAGAGCAUGAGGGGAGUCGGAGGAUGAAGACGGAGCUGUUGAUUCAGAUGGAUGGGCUUGCAACAUCAGAAGACCUUGUUUUUGUUCUUGCUGCUUCCAACCUGCCUUGGGAGCUGGACCACGGGAUGCUGAGGAGGUUAGAGAAAAGGAUUCUAGUGAAUCUUCCCUCGUCACCUGCUCGCCAAGCCAUGAUCUCUCAUUGGCUGCCUCCCAUCAGCUCCCUCGGCGGGGUAAAGCUUCAGACUACAUUAAACUACAAAAGGCUAGCAGAGGAGAUGGAGGGAUAUUCUGGCUCUGAUAUCAGAUUAACAUGCAAGGAAGCCGCCAUGAGACCAGUUCGCAAGAUCUUUGAUGCUCUGGAGUUGCAUCACGAUGCAGACACCAACAUGCCUGUCAUUGAGCUGGGAACCGUGACAACAUCUGAUUUCAUGGAGGUUCUAGCACACACUAAACCGUCAGCCCAAAACCUGAUGGGCAGAUACACAGCCUGGGAGAAGAAGCACAAGUCAGUUUGA